AUGUCGACCGUCUGCAAAGACACGCUGCCACAGACCCCCACGCCAGGGUCUCAGAACAGCAAAGUUUAUAAUGCUCACUUAGCCACCAUGAAGGAGAUUGUAUCUCAAUUGAAAUAUCUCCCAAUCAUUGAGAAGUAUCUCCACCAGUACUAUUCUUUCAAGCAGAAUGUACUUGUACCGAAGGCAGUUGUUAUGCACCUCGUGGAAACCCUCCGCAAGGAUUUGGUGUCUUCAGGCCAUAUCCUUGGAGAAAUGGACGAGCGGGUCGAGAUUGGUAAUGUAUCUGAGAUCUCAGAAGCCGUGCUGCGUUCUUCCUCCACGGAAGUAGUCAUAGCACCAUCGUUGGAUCUGCACGGUUUCUUGGCAUUAUUCUGCGGCAUGAAUCUGCGAGUUGAGACGAUCGGUCUGUUUUACGCCAUGGCGGCACGCGCGUCACUCUUUUUUGUUGACCGCGACGACAAAGAUAAGGACGAUGGAUUUCUUCAAGACAUGGUUUGGUAUAGCACUUUGAGCCUACGACUAGCUCGUGACCUUGCGCCUCAGUCAACAGACGUCAUUAUAUGGUUAGCGAAUGAAAAUGUGCAGCUACUGUCAUUUCUUGAAGGAGAUGCCAGCUUAAGUGUCUGGCGCUUGGUGGGUGAUCUCACGACAGAUCUAUUGGCUCUGGGAUUACAUCGAGAAGCAACGUAUUCUCCUGAAAGAGCGCCAUUUUUUCUUGCGGAGUGCCGACGAAGAUUGUUCGUUACCGAAUAUUAUCUGGAGAAGAUGUUUGGAUUGGUAUUUAACCUUCCCCCGCGGAUUACGGCCCAAUACGUCGACGUCAGGCUUCCUCUGGAUCUAUCAGACGAUGAGCUGCUUGCUCACACACCCGAUGAAUUGGAGGAAGCAAAAAGCCGGCUAACUGAAGAUGGCUGGAAUACGGAUGGAAAACAUAGGGCAGCAACUUGGGCUCGACUACGUUACAUCUUGAGUCAAUUUCGGGAGGCAGUAGUUGAAUAUCAAUUUCAGCCAUCACAAACGGUUGACCCUUCCAAGCUGAGGGAUUUAUCAUUCCGGUGCCGUCAGACUUGGGAUAACUUGCUUCCCCACCUAAGAUAUAGCCACGACUGUUGGAAGUCCGACAUGCCUCUUACCGUUUGUUACAUGCAUGCAAAGGUUCACCUGGCCUAUCUACAAAUACAUUUCCAAAUAUACCACACUCUUGGGGAAGAUAGCUCUUCACCGCUUCCGGAGAUCCUUGAAGUGGCUGCAAAUAUACUGGAGACAGUCGUGCAAAUGGGAAAUUCCCGCAGCAAAGGUGCUUUCGCCUUUAAUGAUCUACCUGAAAUCCUUCUUUCUUGUGGCUUGUCCUCGGCCGCAGUCCUUUUGACUGCAUUGGAGAAUACGACCCAAGACCAUUCGAGAAGUCUUCCGCCCGGCAUCAAGACGUCGGCACUUAUUCGGAACUUGUCCGUACUGGCUUCCCUACUUGAAAGUGUACCCAGCCCCCGAGAAAGAAAUCAAACUUUCUGCUUGCAGGCUGCCAAGGCCAUCACGGAAAAAUUGGAUAAGACUUUGGACAAGCUCGCCACGUUUAAUUCUCUCGCAACCCCAGAUAUCGUAACCAGCAAUGACGUGAGCCCGAUAUCAAUUUUGACUUCCAAUGCUGGCAGCUCCCUCUCCGAUGGAUAUGGAGAGAUCGAUGCUAUUAACCUGGAUGAUUAUGAAAAUUUUGAUCUCAUGUCUUGGGCAAUUAAUGUGGAUCUUGGAAAUCCACCCAGCAACUGGACCAUGAUUUAA